CAAGAUGGCGCGCUCCAUUGUCCAUGCUGAUGAGUGCUACCACCAGCUUUAACUUGCACUGUGCUGCUUUGUUGUAUAGCUCUAGCAGGUCAUCAUCGUCAUGAGUAGUGUGUGUUCUGUCCGAAACCUGCGGCUCUAAAUGGAAAUGAAGAGUUAAGUGUCUGCUGGAGAGGUUUAACUCCUUCACGUCGGAUGACGGGGACUGGAUGAAUGCCACAAAAGCCUUUCAUUUCACAUCUGAAGCAUUUAUCAAGGACUGGAAUCCUAUGCUCUUCCCAGUGUUGGUGGACAGCAGGCAUUUGAGGCACCAUGCCCAGACUCAUCAAGAAGAAAUAUUCCCAGGAGGUUAGAGACGAGGAGAACAUUGGCGGAGAUGGUGCAAGACCAGAGGACGUUGCCGACGUCUUAAAGAAACGCCUGCUGCUGAUGUCCGGGAAGCUCCCCGCUCUGACACCAAGAUCAACUCCAGACAGCCACGUGAACGAGCCUACAUUUCGAGACACCACAGAACUGCGGCAACCUCUCCCGUCGAGGAUCGCCACCAAGGGGUCUGACGGAGAGCAAAGUUACAGAGACAUUGCCCAGCGCAGGGAAGGGGCACCUCGCAGCGACGCAUCCCAGCUCGGCCAGCGAUGCACGGUGGAGCUGGGCGAGGAAGGCACCAGCGGAUUCCGGCGGCGUCUGUCGUCAGGGAGCAAGCGGGCUACGAUGGAAGGGAAUCCAAUGACGAGUUCCCCGGGGGUCUCUGCCCACCAACGAGCCAAGAAAGCCAUGAGGGACCGACUCUUGGGAAAUGCAAGUCAGAGGUUGCAGGCACAUCAAGAGGGCGCGCCUGGCCGGUUUAACGACGAGCCGGAGAAAGAAAGCUUUGGAAAGAUGAGGAUCCUGGCGCUGAACGACAGCAGCAGUGACGACAGCGAGUCGGAAGUUGAAGUGGAAAUUAGCAAAGAAGCCCAGGAAGCAGAGGCCUACAGCUUGUACAACAAAGCCCUGGAUCUCCAGCGCGCAGGAGACAAUGCGGAGGCAGAGUCGACUUAUCAACAGUUACUGAGCAUACCCCUCCUGGCCGAGGUGGAACCUCCCGAUGAUGAAGAGACGGUGAGAAGCCCCGGUCUGAUGCUGAAGUACCUGACCUACAAAAACCUGGGCAGCAUGGCCUACCAGAAGGAAGAUCUCAACAGGGCUAUGGAACAUUAUUUAGAGGCUGUUGCAUUCGACGAGACUGACGUGACAGUGUGGUACCGAAUCGGGACCAUGGCCGUGACGCUCUAUCAGCUCCCGCUGGCCCGGCUGAGCUUCGUGCAAGCCUUGAAGUGCAGCCCCAACCACUGGCCCAGCCUGGACAAUCUCUGCACAGUGCUGUAUGCGCUCAAUGACUAUGCAGGCUGUUUGUUCUACAUAUGUCAAGCCCUGGAACGGGACCGCAAGUACAAAAAAGGAGUUGUUCUGCGGGAAAAGAUGUUCAAGGAGCAGCCCUCGUUGAGGAAAGACAGCUACGACUUGUUUCAAAAUUGCCAGGAUGUCAUUCGGCCAUCCCAGAUAGACAGAGCGGAGGCAGAAAAAAUAAUCAAGGAGGCCCUGACAUUGCGAGAGGAGAGACGCGCUCUGGCCAAGAGAGAGCCCAUGCCGCUGGUCAAGUUCUUGACACCAUUUACGUCAUUCAGUUCAUUCACGUGGAAGGGUCUUGGUGAAAGAUUGGUCGCCCUCUACAAUCAUCUUGUCGAAAAUUCUCCUCCACUGAGUUUGUGCUGUAAAAUUGAUAUGAGUGAGUAUGUCCAGCAUCCCGAAGAGAAGGAGUUCAAGGUUUCAGCAGGAAGGGAAAACCAGAUCACACCGGCUAAAACCACCCAGGACACACCAAUAAAUAUAACUGAGGACACACCCCCAGAUAACAACCAGAGCAGAUCAUGUGUACCAGAAAGCAAGACGACACUCUCAGCUGACGACUUGCAGCAUGGUUCGGAAGACAACUGUGACGAAAAUUUCAGCCUACACGAAAGCCAACAGGAGACUGUACGGACAAGCGGACAGGGAACUAUGGAACAGACCCCACAACAAACCCAGCAGCAAGCCCCACAACAGACCCUGCAAGGGACUCAACAGAUCCCAUCACAAGAGACGCAACAACACAGUCUACACCAAGCACCAUUGGAAACCCCUCAACAGGUACCACAGGAGACUCCACUGAUCAGCCUGCUGGAUAUGCCUCAGCAGACCCCACAACAGGUCCACGAGCAGACCUUACCAUGCACCCAAGACCAGACCCCACAGCAGACCCCAGUUGGAAGCAGUGACAUCGACGAUCCAGUUGCCAUGGAAACAGAACCCAUCCCAGUAAAAACCAAAAUGCGAAGAGGGCCCAAGAGGAAACGAGAGAAGGCCAAUCACCCAGUGCCUGGAAACCGACGUUCCACUCGGGUUCGUAACACCGUGGGAAAAAAGAAAGAAGAGUGCAUCAACUAUCAGGAGAUCCUGCGGCAAUUCCUACCCUCCAGCCUUCAAGACAGUGGAGAGGAAAGGGAGGAUGCAAGGUGCAGAUCGUCUGAUCAAGAUGAGGCAAGCCAGCGGCAGACUCCAUCCUCCAGGAGGAUGGAAAUUGCAGAUCGAGACAAACCAAUGGGGCACGUGGAGACAGACGCUGAUCAGUCAGAGAAGGUCUGGGAGUUCCUAAAAAAGAGACAGAGAAACAGCGGGAUCAUCCAAUUACUUGACGAUUAUUUGCGGGAAAUUGUGACUACUCAGCAGGGAGCAUGGCCGACAGGUCUAACCACCGUUUUCCUCCAAGCGUAUUCCUGCACAAGACGCCAUGUCAUCUUGCCCAGUAUCUUCAGUUCCGAAUACAGCAGUGAACUCAAGACCGCCACCGGCUACGUGAUGCUGACGUUCGCUGAGCUCAAGAUUGACGAGCUGAUCUCGGCCGGCAAGGGAACACCGACCAGCGUGUCCAAGAAGGCUGACACUGAAGCGAUGGGGAAGUUCAUCGAUGAAGACCUGGGCUACAUGCAGAUGCUGACCAACUCGGGGGCAAUACAGGAGGACAAAUGGAGGGACUUUAACGUCCGAGUUUACUGGUUGAAGGCGAGAUACAUGACGUUGCUGGGCAAGUCAGAAGAAGCGAUUGAUUCCUUUGACGAGUGCACAGAUAUAUUAAGUGAACCUUGGGUUGGAGAGGACGGGACAGAAAGGGUCAUCACUCUUCCCAACUGCAAAGUGGAUAACCGCAUCACAGUCGACCUGAUUAAGGAGCAGUUGAAGUCCACCCAGCACAGCCAGUCCCUGGAGGAGGUCCAGCGCUUCUAUGAUGCCGGGAACUAUGAGCGGGUGACUGUGCUCCUCCUUCCGACAUUCCAAGACACGGCCACUUCCAGCAGGCGACUCCUCAAGGAAGGAGCCACACCCCAGAGGCCCUCUCAGCUACUGCUCCUGCAUCGGUCGCUCCUCAAACUCGGUGACUACAAGCAAUGCAUCAUCUGCGGGGCUGCUGGCAUCUGCGAGGCACUGCAAGAGGUUCCCAUUGCCAAGACGCCGCCCGUGCGGGACGAAUGGAUAAGCGUCAUCCUGGAGCUGUUUGAGAUCUUCAACAAGGCUCUCUGUGAAGAUGUGGACAGCUUGAAGCAGUUGGAGCGCCCCCAACGCAUUCGGCUGACGAGCGCAAUCAUCAGCGCGAUUGAGAUGUGUAUGGACACAGACGGCCACUUCCCUCAAGACGUCCUACCCUGGGUUGUCCUAUACAGAGUCAUUAAACAUGAGGAGGACCAGCUUGCAACCAUGGCAACCAACGAUGAUGCAGGGCGGUGCAGCACUCCCAUGAUUCCCUCCUCCCUCAUGCUGCUGGACACUGCCCACGAUUAUCUCGGCCGGCGUUCGUGGUGCUGCAAUUCCAACGGAGCCUUCCUGCGUUUGUACAUCUCUGUCCUGAGCCGCGAGAUCGCCACGGGAACAGAGGAGGACCCGCAUCCCUUCCUGAGCGACCUGCAGUACUCCCUGGAGCAGUGCUUCUUCUGCCUCCACAGCCACCCCAGCAAGAAGACGAAGGCUAGACAUCUUCAGGACCACGGCGUGGAGGAACUGCCCAUGGACAUGGAGGACGCCCGUCUCAUCUUCGACUACUUCAAGCCCAGCGUGCUGCCCGAGUUUGACUCCUACAAGACCUCCUCGCUGUCGGGUGACCUGGAGAGCCUCCUCCUGAAGAUCGUCCGCAUCAUCCCGCCCAUGGAGGACCCGCCUGUCACCAUGGAAAUGCUGCAGGCCUACGUCGAGGCCAAGACGGAUGAGCCCCCUUCCAUCCCUGCCGAUCGGCCCAUCAUCAGACCGGUGGUCAAGGAAAUUUACUACUUGCUGGCAGAUUUCUACUUCAAGAACAAGGAGCUCUUCAAAGCCAUCAAGCUCUACAUGCAGGAUCUCUGUGUGUGUCCGGACCGGUUGGACAGCUGGGCCGGAAUGGCCCUGGCCCGGAGUGGACGACUCGAGCUCAAAUUCAACAUGUGCGAUUCUAAAACUGAGGGCACCAUCUACAAACACUCUGUGGCCGCCUUGCGCUGCUUCCAGCGAGCCCUGGAGAUAGAUCGAACCAAUCGCUCGCUUUGGAUCGAGUACGGCUCUAUGGCGUACAUGGUGCACUCCUACGCAUCCCGACAACUCAAGCAGAGGGAGCAGUUUUCGCUUACUGAAGACAUCGUGGAAUUCCUGCAGGAGAAGCGAUCGGAGUGUCUGGGGUUGGCUGAGAGGUGCUUCGAGGAGGCGAGGCAGUGCGAGGUGGACGGGGAGGAGGAGGAAUGGCUGGUGCACUACAUGCUGGGCAAGGUGGCCGAGAAGAGGCAGACGAGCCCUGAAGACUUUCUGGAACAUUACAAGAAGGCUGCUUAUUAUCUUCAUGAAGACGAGGCGAAAUAUCCCAAGAAGAUUGCGUACCACAACCCACCGGAUCUCUCCUUGGAGGCCUUGGAGAUGUACUUCAGGCUUCACGCCUCCAUCUUGAAACUGCUGGGGAAACCCCUGCCGGGUUUCCACGGUGAUUAUGCCAUGCUUCAGCGCUACGUCUUAGAGGCUGCCGACGAACCAUUCGUUUCUGCCCAGGAGAAAAUGGACACUAGUGAACCACCCUCUUCAGCAGACAACGACCCGGACGCCAAGUCGCCAUUUCCCAGCAUCAGAGUGCAGCUGGAGGGCAGAGGUCAGGCCGAUGCUAAGGAUCUAGAGGUCAGACCAGAGAAGGCCAAAGUUCCUGGCAGUCCCUUGUUUGUUGCCACCCCGACUGACCACGACUACGUGCGGUCCAGGGGAAGAAAGAGGCAGCUAGUCAUGACCUCAACAGACUCAUCAGCAUUUCCUGUGCUGUCUCGUGAUGAGCAGUCAACCAGUACUUCAGGUCUCCCACCUUGCAGCAAAGAUGCAAUGGCCGGGGCAACCUCCGCAGCCGAGCUCCUGAAGUCCCUGGCCAAGAUCCACACUGACAUUCUGGACCAACCAGCGGAGAAGAGGAGACUUCUUGAGGCUCCUCCGGGACCGGAGAGUGUCGGACAGCGGACAGAGCCACAGGCUGACCUUGGAGUCGACAAGGCGACCUCUUCCCAGAUCCAAGAGCAGAGGGAGGACCCUGAAUCGGUUGAAGGGGCAGUUGAGGAAUUCCUGGCAGCCUCCGCAGGUAAGCAACUGGGGGUGGAGGAUCUCGCCGAGCCGGACAGGAAGGGAUUAACGGAGGUCAAGAUUGUCACAGGAGAUGCCACAGGAGAGGUUGAGAAAGACAAGACAGACAGCCUGACUGGAGAGAGAAGCCAUAGCGACGUGGUGUCUGGUGAUGUAGAAGAGAAAGGGUCAUCUGUAAGCCAGCAGCAAUUGGGAAAUGAAACACCUGAAGAAGAUGUGGUUACUAAGGAAAUGGCUGAUCAGCUGAACGAAACGAACCCCAGCAUCAUCGUCAUCUCCUCUGAAGAGUCAGAAGAUCAGAUGGAAUCUGAAGACUCAGUACCGACAGAGAAGCAGGUGACCACAGAAACAGUGGCACUACCAACUGCGGUGAUCAGUGAAAUGAGAGAGACAGGCACUGAAGUGAAGGACGUGGUUACCAAGGAGAUGGGUGUGCAGGCAAAUGAGGAAUCAGUCGCUGAUUUUUCCGUCAUCACCAUUUCAUCAGAGGAUUCCAGUGACCAGAUGGAUCUCACAGAGCCCAGAACAUCUAAGAACGACAAAGACGGUUUCGAGGAGAAUUUGAAGACAGAUGCAAAGGAGGUAGCAGAAGACAAGAAUGAUAAGAAUGCAGACUCAUUGAUGGAGAGGGAAAUGGAAGGAGACCUUGGGGAGGGUUUUGAAAAGGAUGAGAAAAAGGUAGAGGUUAGAGAACAGGGAGCGUCAGAUGAUGUAGUGCCAGUCAAGGAUACGGAACAAAAUCACAAAGAUGGUUUGAAAAUGGAAGCAAAGGCAGACACGGAAGUCAGACCUGAGGAGAAACAGGAGGGCAAAACACUGAGUGAUGUGGAUCGGGGGGAGCUGAGCGACAGCAGACAGGUCGAGGAUGAAGUGAAGAAGACAGAGGCUGCUUGCGGCCAGAGUCAGGAGGAGCAGAAGGCGUGGCUGGUGGAGCGAUGCCUAGAGGCGAUGAAGCUGUGCCUAUCGCGUUUUCCCCAGCACUACAAGUCGCUGUACCGGAUGGCCAAUGCCUACGCCACGACGAGCACUGAGCAGGGUCUGCAGUGGAGUCGCGACCUGUUGCUCGGCAGCAACCAGCCUUGGCAACAGACAAGCCACAUGCCAUCGCCGGGGCUCUUCGCCGAGCACUGGAAGACCAAGAACCUCUUCCACGGAGUCUGGAGGAUCCCCAUCAGUGAAAUUGACAGGUCAGGUAGUUUCUCCUGGCAUAUGUAUCGCUCUGUCAGCCUGCUCAUCGACAUUCUAAGGAGAUUACGCGAUCACUCCAUGCUGCUGCAGAUUGCCGUCAAACUGAACCGGACACCGGAACUUGGAAAGAAAUUCCUGCGUGAUGUCGACCGACAGUUUCUGGCCAGGCAUUGCUACAGGACCUGCGUGGAGGUUCUGGCGGAGGAAAUUGAGUUGGCAAGAACAGAGGACAAGGAACAGCAGCAACAGGUUGUCCUGUCCGCCUAUCGUCUGGUCCAGACCGCCCAGAACAAGCUCCAGACCGACUCCAGCUUACCAACCAAACUCCUGUGCGUCGCCUACAAGUCGUACAGAAAUAUCCAGAUUGAACCUGACACUGCCGUUCUCGAUCAGGCGGUCCGGUUUUGUCUUCAGCAUCGGCUGGCCAGCAAGACACCACAGACCCCAACAUCCCAACCCGAGUCCAUCUUCUCGUCACCUCAACCCAGCAAGGAGAGGAGCGUCAUCGUGACCCCCGACAGACAGGGUGACACACAGAGCUCCACUUGCAGUAGCACACAGUAACAAGCUUCUACCAGCAGGAGAACAUCAGGGGUUUUUUUUUUGCCUGGGUGGGUGAAGUUGUUCCAACGUGGGCACAUUCCAACUUGGGCACAAAUGACUCUGCGAGUCUUAUUCUGGUCUGUCUCUGAAGCUGCGCACAGAGAGCUGAUCUGCCACAAAGCGUAGCCUGGUUUCAGGGUCGUACUGUUCCCUUCACAGCCAAGUAGAUUAAAUGAAGGACUCCAAUGGCUAGGUUACGGUCAAAUGUGAACGGUGUCUCAGGAUUCUAGCUGUCACUCACUGGAUUUUUCCAAAUUGUGUAUCUUGACUAGUUUAGCCGUAAGCCUGAGUAGAUUCAGCUGUAGGGGGCUUCACAGAAAAAUAUUCAGUCGCAGAAAUGUGCAUUUAGCAAACCUUCAGCUGUUACUUUGCAUUUGUCAGCUGGACCAAACUUUGAAUUGUGAAAACUGUUGCACUAGCUGUUCAUCAGCACGGCAUUGCCCAAUUUCACAUGGUCUCAUACAUUCCUCUGAGCCUCCAAGGUCAUGGAAUUUUGGGAACUGACACUAGAUUUCUAGUAUAGGAUCUUUUCACAUGACGGGCGAAGGCAUUUCAGGAAGCGUACCGUGUCCGUGGAGGCGCAGGUUUUUUCGAAUCUGUGUAUUUCUGCUGGCAACUUCAUGUACGCAAGAUUGUUGAGAGACUUGGAGGGCACUCGCAUCUCCACUCACAUCUGUGCAAGUUGGAACGCUGACCGUCAAAAAUCAUGUGACUGAAAAUCUUCUACAUUGUAUAUAUGCUUUCUUUAUAUGUAAAUAACUGUCGGGUGAACACGAUCCCUUCUCCCGUGGUCAGAAUAGAUGACAGGGGGUCUUCUGGACAUACACGUGAAUAAUUGAAGCUCUCCAAUGAUUUACAUAUUGGCUCAUUAAUAAAUACAUGUGAUAAUACGUGUCGUAAUCCGUCCCCCUGCACCCGCCCCCAUUCCCAUUUCCCCAGCCCCCCACUAACCACCAUCAAUGAACAGGGGUGUGACAGUUCAGCAUUUCAGCUGAUUUCAGCUUUUUUUGUUGAGAUAUUGACCCUGAAUUUUAGCUUUUGUGUACACCUGCUGUGUACAAAGGCAUGGGAACUUUUUACAUUUCGGCUCCUUGCUAGCCGUUUUCAGCUUUCAUUUUAAGUGACCACUCACACCCCUGACUAAGGCACACAGCAGUGGUCCAACCGGCAUUUGUUGUGAUCAUACAGCUGAUGUGAACUCUGAGAGUUGACAGACCACCUUGUUAGUGCGCCCCCAAUCCAUCGCUUCGGGUGACUGUCGACAGCUGUCCCCGAUUGUUAUGCUACCAAGUUGUCGCUAGCUGAAGGGACUUUUUAUUCAAGAAAAAACAGGGCAAUGAGAGGGAUAAAUUUUGUUCAUAAUGACUGGGGGAUUGUGGAGUAAACAUUUUGCAAGAAAGCUUUACUUUAUAAUACAGCAUGGAGGAUUUGUGACUGCAACGCUUACACUUCGUAGUCGUUUGUGAACCAGUGAUGCGCAGCUACUACCAAAGGAACCUCCACUGCCAAGAAAAUUGCGCCCUCUCUUGGUUCAGCUCGGGGCCCACUGAGUACAACACUUUGACACUCUCAUCCAGGGUACAAGUGUCUGUGACUGACAGAAAGGUUUGUUUGUUUGCGUAUAACUUCUCUGCCAUCAGAAAGGAAAUUUUCUGAGUUUGAUCAAAAAACAAAGAAAAUAUAACCCCCCAAAAUAUCACAAAAUGUACAGGCACGCACUGAAAAAGAAUUCUGCUAUUAAGUACCUGGCACUGAUUUGUCAUCAUGUUUCUACUCCGCCAUCUCACAUUCUACGCAUUCUGUCGUGGUUAUUUUCCAUCCCAAAAGUUGCAUUAGGAGAGAGAAACCUAGAAACGUCAAUUGAAUAGUUCCUCGUAACACGCCUGCAAUGCAUAACAUGCACGAACAACCUGCUGUGAGUUAAUAAUGACACUAUGAUGCCCAAGUGUCAACUUGCAUAGAAUCAUACCGUUAGCUCAUUUAGCGAAUGGAGUUUGUAUGGUUUUUCAUUUAUUUUCUACAAAACAGAAUUUGUGACGGGACCAAAACAGAAAAAAAUCUUGUGACUCGUUUUUCACAUCCUUCAAAAGGAGCAGUGCAGUCGACUCCUCAAAAUGCCAAUUGGACAUAUUCACCAGUCGGUGAUACUGAAUUGAAAGUUAAAGUUUGAUGUUUUGAAGUUUGUUAUUUGAGAAUAAAAAUGGUAUCACUGAUUGAAAACUAAUUAAUGUCAUUUAUGCUGAUGAAGAGUUUAAUAGUUGUGAUUGAUUAUAUCCAAAUGUUUUCAGCCACACUUUAAAAAAAAUGAAAGUAAGGCUGCAUCCGAAUCACUUGGCUGUGGCUUGAAGACUCAGUGUGAACCGGCCAUACAUGGCCGCUACUAUUAUAGUGGCCCUGGAGGGACAUCAGUAAUCGUCAAUGUUAACCCCUUCACAGCGGGAUUGUUUUGACCGUGACUGCUAG